GCUACAGUGGGUGAAGGAUCUCAGUUGAGUCCAGGACGAGCGACACUAUCAGCAACAUGCCUGAACCCACCGAGCCCAAAGAGGAAGCCCCUCCCGCAGAGGCUAACGAUGCUAAACCAGAAGACCCAGCAGGAGACGAGGGAGAGCCGGAGAAGACCGAGCUGAGUGGUCUCUUCCUGGAGAAACCACACGACACAGUGGCCAUAGCAGGUAAAGAUGUGGAGUUUAUAGCGAGGGUAGACUCCUCCACGCUGGCCCGGAAGCCGGUGAUGAAGUGGUUGAAGGGGAAGUGGAUGGAUCUCGGCAGCAAAGCAGGAAAACACCUGCAGUUUAAAGAGACGUACGACAGAAACACCAAGGUGUACACCUACGAGAUGAAGAUAGUGAAGGUGGUUCCAGGUGAUGCUGGAGGAUACAGGUGUGAGGUCACGGCUAAAGACAAGUGUGACAGCUGUACCUUCGAGAUUUCAGUGGAAGCUGCUGAACAGGAACAACAGCAGGAUAUUCUCUCCGCCUUCAAGCGAGCUGAUGCAGGAGAGGAUGAGGGGGAUCUGGACUUCAGCGCUCUUCUCAAAGCCACCAAAAAGAAGAAGAAGCCGCAGCCGCAGGUCGAUGAGAAGGACGUGUGGGAGAUCCUGAAGAACGCUCACCCGAGCGAGUACGAGAAAAUCGCCUUCCAGUACGGCAUCACUGAUCUGAGGGGGAUGCUGAAGCGCCUGAAGAAGAUGAAGACCUUCGAGCCCAAAGUCAGCGACGCGUUUCUGAAGCGUCUGGAGUCGGCGUACUCUGUGGAAAAGGGGAAGAAGAUCGUUCUGUCGGUGGAGGUGGUCGACCCCAACGCUGAGGUUAAAUGGUUAAAGAACGGCCAGGAGAUCAAACCAUCCGCCAAGUAUAUAAUGGAGGCUAAUGGGAAUAUCCGGACUCUCACUAUUAAUAAGUGCACUCUGGCAGAUGAUGCAGCGUACGAGUGUGUGAUAGGAAAUGAUAAGUGCUUUACUGAGGUCUUCGUUAAAGAGCCCCCGGUGACGAUCACUAAGCUGCUGGAUGAUUAUCAAGUGGUGGUGGGGGAGAGGGUGGAGUUUGAGGUGGAGGUUUCAGAAGAAGGAGCUCACGUGAUCUGGUGUUUUGAGGAUAAGGAGUUAUCUCGGGAUGAUAAGAGUGGGAAGUAUCGCUUUAAGAAGGACGGAAAGCGUCAUACUCUGAUCCUCCAGGAGGCGGCGGUGGAGGACAUGGGCAUGUACUACGUCUACACCAACGGGGGGCAGUCUAAGGGGGAGCUGAUCGUGGAGGAGAAGGAGCUGGAGAUCCUGCAGAGCAUCGCUGAUCUGACGGUGAAGUCUGCAGAGCAGGCCAUGUUUAAGUGUGAGGUGUCGGACGAGAAGGUGACGGGGAAGUGGUUUAAAAACGGAGUGGAGGUUCAGGCCAGCAACCGCAUCAAGAUCACACACAUCGGCAGGAUGCACCGCCUGACCAUCGACGACGUGAAGCCGGAGGACGCGGGAGAUUACACCUUCGUACCUGAAGGAUACGCCCUCUCUCUCUCCGCCAAACUCAACUUCCUGGAGAUCAAGAUCGACUACGUCCCCAGACAAGAGCCUCCUAAGAUUCAUCUGGAUGUUACGGGUUCUAUGGUAACUCAGAAUACCAUCAUCGUUGUCGCCGGCAACAAGCUCCGCCUGGACGUGGAGAUCACAGGAGAGCCCGCCCCUACUGUCACCUGGAUGAAGGGAGACAAAGUGGUGUCGGAGGCUGAGGGGCGGGUGAGGGUGGAGACUCGGACGGGUUUGAGUAGUUUUGUGAUUGAGGGGGCGGAGCGAGAGGACGAGGGGAACUACAACAUCACCGUCACCAACCCCGCCGGAGAGGAUAAGGCCAACCUCUUCAUCAAAAUAGUGGAUGUUCCCGACCCCCCCGAGCAUGUUAAGUGUACCGGUGUGGGUGAGGACUGCGCCACCAUCAUCUGGGAGCCGCCCAAAUUCGACGGAGGAGCUCCGGUUAAAGGGUAUCUGAUGGAGAGGAAGAAGAAGGGCUCCUCCCGCUGGACGAAGCUGAACUUCGACGUGUUUGAGGGAACGACGUACGAGGCUAAGAGGAUGAUCGAGGGGAUUCUGUACGAGAUGAGGGUUUUCGCCGUUAACGGCAUCGGCAUGUCCGCGCCCAGCCUCAACUCCAAACCAUUCAUGCCCAUCGCUCCAACCAGCGAACCAACCAAGCUGACGGUGGAGGACGUGACCGACACCACCUGCUCUCUGAAGUGGUUAGCUCCUGAGAGAAUCGGAGCCGGAGGUCUGGACGGAUACGUCAUCGAGUUCUGUAAAGAGGGAGAUACGGAGUGGCAGGUGGCGAACACCGACCUGGUGGAGCGUCAGAACUACGUGGUGAGGAACCUGCCGACAGGUGAGAAGAUGAACUUCCGCGUGGUGGCGGUGAACAUCGCCGGCCGCAGCCCCCCCGCCGUCCUCUCUCAGCCCGUCACCGUCAGAGAGAUCAUGGAGCAUCCUAAGAUCCGUCUUCCUCGCCACCUCAGAACCAAGUUCAUCAGAAGAGUGGGAGAAACCGUCAACCUGGUCAUUCCCUUCCAGGGUAAGCCCCGCCCCGUGGCUGAGUGGCUGAAGGACGGAGAGCCGGUGGACACUAAGAAAAUUGGGAUCAGAAACUCCAACGUUGAUUCGAUUCUGUUCAUCCGCUCGGCGGAGAGAGAACACUCGGGAAAAUACACGCUCAUCCUGAAGAUAGAAAACAUGGAGGAUCAGGCCACCAUCGAAAUCCGCAUCGUGGAUAAACCUGGACCCCCGGCGGUGGUGAAGGUGACGGACGUGUGGGGCUUUAACGCAGCGCUGGAGUGGAAACCUCCUAAAGACGACGGGAACUGUGAGAUCACCGGAUACACCAUCCAGAAAGCAGAUAUGAAAACCAAGGAGUGGUUCACGGUUUACGAGCACAACCGCCGCACUAACUGCACCGUAUCAGACCUGGUGAUGGGGAACCAGUACAUGUUCCGGGUUUUCAGUGAAAAUCUCUGCGGCCUGAGUGAAGAUCCCUGCCUCAGCAAAGACAAGGCCACCAUCGCCAAGACCGGACUGGAGUUAAAGAGAGCUCCCUAUAAGGAGAAGGAUAUGUGCACCGCUCCGAAGUUCACCACGCCCCUGGUGGACAAAUCAGUGGUGGUGGGCUACAGCACCGCCAUCAGCUGCUCAGUCCGGGGCUUUCCAAAGCCUAAGAUCAUCUGGACGAAGAACAGGAUGAUUAUUGGAGAAGACCCGAAGUAUCUGAUGCAGAACAACCAGGGGGUUCUGACCCUGAACAUCCGCAAACCGAGCACCUUCGACGGGGGCAAAUACAGCUGCAUAGCCACCAACGAACUCGGCCAGGACGAGGUGGAGUGCACCCUGGAGAUCAGAGCUGUCCAGGUGGAGAAGAAGGAUUAGGGUGGAGUCCGGAUUCUGCAGACGGAGGAAUGAAGAAAUGGGAUGGAAGUUUUAGAUUAAUAGUGAAUAAAAAUGGUGUUUAAAAUGUAGCUCUGUGAUUUUUGAUCCUCCUCUCUGAUCCUCAGAACUCUGGAUCAGAAUAAAGACCUGGAAUUAUUAUUAGAAUAAUAAACACUGCUGUAAAAACUCGGA